AUGGAUACUGAAUUUGAAUCAGUCGAGGGACGAUUAACAUCGAUGCUUCCGCAGCUGCAAUGUGAGUGUGGUAUCCUUGAAAGAUUGGUGUACAAGAAUAAGAAUCAGCACCGCCGUUGUUCCUAUUUCCAACAUCUUUUGAAGGUGAGGAGGGAUUCGAGGCUUCUGCGGCUGGCAAACUUGGAGGAGCUUGUAACAUCAUGUUUCAAUGUUAUUAAAGGUGAUAGACCAAAACAGAAGAUUCAUCUUUUAGAGAGCUUGAAAAGGAGAAAAUAUAAUGAUGAGAAGCUGAAUUUUUUGGAGCGUCUUUUAGGAUCUGCACGACUACUAGAAGAGAUGGUUGAACCAAUGCUGAAGGCUGCAACUGAGAUAUCUGUUUUGUUUGCCCGAUCCUUUUUUAUGGGACUUUCUGUGACAAUUAUGGCUUUGCUAGCGCGUCUACGUGUUUUGGUUCAACAAAUAUUACUUGAUGUUGUUUAUUUGUUCAACAUGGUUUCUUCCAUGUCCAAAAAGAAGCAAUCAGUAAAAAUAACUCAUAACGGAGUAGAGGUGUUUAGAGAGUUCUAUCCUGUUAGUGAUGAGGAUGAUUAUGUUACAUUAGAGUGUGUUUGGAAAUUAGAUAAGUAUAUACUACAUGAGAGGAAGCAUAAAAUGGAGAAUGAAAGUCAAGGUGAGGAGGAUUCUGUUGGAAAUCUUCCAGUUCAAGCAUCAGCUGUCAACUACACCACCAUUGAAUCUAUUCUUGGUGAUGACCAGCUUGAUCCGGAGAAAGAUGAAGCAGCUGCUGCAGCUGAAAGAGAUCCCCCUCAUGUUAAGGAUAUGAACACUGAUUUAUCGACUAGCACUCAUGUUAAGGAUCUGAAUACUGAUUUAUUGACAGGCUCACCCCAAAUUGAUGAAGUUACGGAGACUGUGAUUAGUAGUGAGGAAGGAGGAGGGAAUUGUUCUACCACAAAAGCCCCUAUUUGCAAGUCUUCACCAGAGGAAGCCCCUUUUUGCAAGUCUUCACCAGAGGGCAACAUGCAUGCAUUAUCACAUUCACAAUCUUUAAACAGUGGCAAACUUCAUCCGGGUUCGAAGAAGGUAGCAUUUUUGUCUAUAAAGAAUCCAACAUUAGUGCCUCAAAAUGUCCAAAGUAGUGUUUCUGUGUUAACUAGCAAUGCUAAAGCUAAUGUAUUCAAUUUCAUGACAAAGGAAAGUGAUAAAACAAAAGAUGACAAAGGGGAUUCACUUGCUAGUAUAUUUACUAAUGUAAAUGCAAAGGAUAGUCUUUUUUAA